AUUUACGGAAGCGGUGCAUUCUGGGUGUUUCUGCUGCAAAAACACAGGGCUGGCGCAACUGGCUAGCUAGCUGAGCGCUUGAAAUGGACGUGUUCUUAAUGAUCCGGCGUCACAAGACCACAAUCUUCACAGAUGCCAAGGAGUCUACCACUGUGUAUGAGCUGAAGCGUAUUGUUGAAGGAAUUCUUAAGAGACCACCUGAAGACCAGAGGCUGUACAAAGAUGACCAGUCGCUAGAGGACAGCAAAACUCUUGGAGACUGUGGAUUUACCAACCAGACUGCCAGACCUCAAGCUCCAGCUACAGUUGGUCUGGCCUUUCGCAUAAAUGAUGAGAUGUUUGAACAGCUCCACGUCGAGGCCUUCUCCAGCCCCCCAGAGCUCCCUGAUGUGAUGAAGCCUCAGGACUCCGGUAGCACUGCCAACGAACAGGCUGUGCAGUGAUAACAGGGAGAGGAAACGAGCAAUGGAUGGAAGGAUGGAAGUGGGUGUGUGUGUAGAUUAACUGCAGUGGAGAAGUAGCAGGGUGGAGGAUAAUGUAAUAUAAUUUCAGUUGAUGGAUUGGGACAUUAUCGGUAACCAAGCCUAUCCAUGUGACCUUCAUGCUCUCAUCCCAGCAUCUCCCCCAAUUUGCUUCACAAAUCAUUUUUUUUAAAAACUCUAUAUGGUUUCCACAUCACAUGCGGCCCUGCUCCUUGACUUUGCUCUUAAGCACCAACUGGCUCGAACUUCUCAAAGCAAAUAUGUUGGUUUGGAAAGUAUGAUUGCGUGUGUGUGUGUGUGUGUGUGCGCGCGUGAGUUAUUAAAAUUAUUGUCAUUAAUAUUUUGGAAAAGAUGAAAGCGUAGUUGUGUGUCACAGUGCUCUAGAAGUAACAUGCAUAAGUAAGGAGUCCGGUGUCUGAAUCGGCAAAGUGCAUGAACAAAACAAAAUCAAAACAAAGGCUUUAUUUUCACUGAAACAGAUAAACCUUCAACUGAUAAGUUUCAUUGGUGUGAUUCUCUCAGUUUUGCUGUACAUUUCUGAUUUGAUUUCAUGCCAGGAAAGAAAGUCUUUACAAUAAUUCUGUGUAGUUUUGUUUCAUUAUUUUGUUUUUUUUCUGUAUGUUUUACUUGUCAGUUCUUUGUUGUAUGUUUCAUGCACUGAGACCAAAGGCGGGUACCUCUUGGACAACAGAGGGAUUUAUUUUUUGGUCAAAGGACAUUAUGUCUGUGGCAUACAGUAUACAUAGGAGGAGAGUUUAGUGGCGUUAAACCUUUAGUUUCAUCACCACAUGUCCCCAACAUCAAUGUGGCACCUUCCCCCUAAUCACAAAAACAUUGCCUGUAACUGUGAGCUUGCAUAAUUAAAAGUUUUUCCUGUUUUGUUUUUUAAA